AUGUCUUCAGACGCAACAGCAGCAGCAGCGCCCCGCGCCCCUCGACCUACGAUAAUAGGACCGGACACUGGUCCCCAACCGCCAUUCCCUCUGCGCAUGGAAGGAGAAGUGAUAUCAGGCUUUGGACGAGGUUCAAAAGAGCUAGGUAUCCCAACAGCGAAUAUUCCCGUAACAGGCGUGUCAUGGAUAGAAAGCUUAGAAUCCGGAGUAUAUUUCGGCUACGCAUCUCUGCACCUCCCCGCUUCGCAUCCAGACCUCUCCACAUCCACAUCCCCUCCCAAAUCCUCCUCCUCGACAAACAAUUGGCGUACCUUCCCAAUGGUAAUGUCAAUUGGCUACAACCCAUUCUACAAAAACACCGUACGGUCGGCCGAAGUGCACGUUCUGCAUUCGUUCGCGAAGGAUUUCUACGGUAGUUGGAUGAGGGUGAGUGUUAGUGGGUUUAUAAGGAGGGAGUUGGAUUAUGUGGAUGUGGAGAGUUUGAUCAGGGAUAUUAGGGUUGAUUGUGAGGUGGCGAGGAGGAGUUUGGAGAGGGGAGGGGUUGGGGGGCCGGGGGGGAGAAGGGGU